AUGGGUCUCGCUCGAGGUGAGCAUGCGCUUGGACGUGGAUCAAGAUUCGACGAGCGCGUCUCUCUGAUGCUCUUAUUCUGCUGGCCUUGCUUGCGUUGCUCGGAGCCAGCUCCCCCUUGGUCGCCCCAAGAAGCGGACAACGGCCGGAAAGAUCGCUCUCUGUGGGGCCAGUCGGCCGAGAGUGAGGCCAAGGAUGCCCUCGAUGAGGCCCGGGAUCUGCUUAAUCAGGCCGAACGUGUAGGCCACCGACCAACGCCGGAUCGUGAAGCGCAGCUCGCCGCCCAGCAGCAGAGCAAGGAGGAAGAGAAGAAGGAGCAUGAUGUCGGAUGGAAGCGCAACAACUUUAAUCAAUACAUCUCUGACCGCGUGUCGCUUCAUCGUGCCAUCCCCGAUACGCGCCAUGAGAAGUGUCAGGCUCGGCACUACGACAUCAGCUCCAUGCCCACUACCACCGUCAUCAUUCCUUUUCACAACGAGGCGCGGACCACCCUCUUACGCACCGUGUGGAGUGUGCUGGAUCGUUCCCCACCACGUCUGAUCAAGGAGAUUAUUCUCGUCGAUGAUGCCAGCGAUAUGGAACAUCUCAAGGCUCCCCUGGAUGAGGAGCUCCAGGAUAUUCCCAAGACCCGCGUCCUACGACUGGCCGAGCGCUCGGGCCUCAUUCGUGCCAAGGUUUAUGGUGCCGAAGCAGCGCAGGGUGACGUGUUGACCUUUCUCGAUUCCCACUGCGAAUGCAAUGUGGGCUGGCUUGAGCCUCUGUUGGAGCGUAUUGCUCUGGAUCGCUCCAUCGUGGUCACACCAGUCAUUGACAACAUCGACAAGGAAACAUUUGCCUAUACCGGGGGGCCCACCGUGCGCACUCGAGGCAUUUUCACAUGGUCCCUGACCUUUUCUUGGCUCGAUUUGCCCUGGUUCGAGGCCGAAAAACGGAGUGAUCCCAUUGCACCGUGCCACGGUUCACUCGAGUUUAUUCCGUGCUCGCGCGUGGGUCACGUGUAUCGCGACUUCCACCCUUACAAGUUUCCAGACGGUACCGUCCAAACCAUCAACAAGUUGGUUGUCAAUACGCUCUCUCUCUGUCUGUCCGUUUGUCUCUCUGUCUGUCCGUCUGUCCGUCUGUCCGUCUGUCCGUCUGUCUUCAUGAAUCUCAACCGAGUGGCUGAGGUCUGGAUGGACGAAUAUAAAGAAAUCUACUAUGAGUUUCGCCCCUCGCAUCGUCAGUUGGAGACGGGCGACGUCAGCGAACGCAAGGCUCUUCGUGAGCGCCUCAAGUGCAAGCCUUUUAAAUGGUAUCUUGACAACGUUUUUCCCGACAUGAUGGUUCCGGAUCGGCACAACCUCUAUGCCAAGGGCCAGCUUCGAAACGCCAACACCAACAUGUGUCUCGAUACCCUCACCCCUCGAGAAGCGGAUAUGAAGGCCGGCGUCUACGCUUGUGCUUCAAGCCCCAAGAGCGAGAAUCAAAUGUUCUUUUACACCAAGCGCUUCAAGGAGAUUCGUCGCGAGGGCACUUUUGGCAGCAGGUGCUUGGAUUUUGCAGGCGGGCCUUCAGGCUCUCCCAGCAUGUAUGGGUGUCACUUGAUGAAGGGCAAUCAGGAGUGGAUACACACCCCGGAUCAUCAUAUCCUUCACAUGGCCUCCAAACUGUGCCUGGAGAUUGAGCCCAAAUCAGACCAUGGAUAUCACUUGGUCCUGAAUCCGUGCUUUGAGGCAAACGAGCGCCAAAAGUGGCGUUUUAGCGAGUUUGACCAAUACUCUGACUAG